AUGUUCACCAGCGGGAUGAAGGAAUCCAAGCAGGCCUGUGUGGCCCUUCCCUUCCUGCAAGCCUCAGAGCUGGAGGCCCUGAUUGGCUACUCCUACAGCGGGUACCUCCCCCUCAGCUGGGGACGUGUCUUUGAGAUCACCUGCAUUGCCUUCCAGCUCCAGUUCCAGCCCGCCCUCUUGCUGUGCCUCGACUUCCUGAAACAAGAAAUGGACGCCCACUCCUGCCUGGACGUGGCAUCCUUUGCAGAGGCUUAUGGCGUAACGGAACUCCUUGAAGUGGCCAACGACUUUAUCCUGAGACACUUCGAAAAUGUGUCAGCCACCCCUAAAUUCCAAGACCUGCCAGUCAAGAAGCUUAGAAAAUACCUGAAAAGCAACACCCUCUUUGUGCCCUCUGAGCUUGUGGUCUUCAAGGCAGUGGUGGUCUGGAUCGAGGCCUGUCCCAGCGAAAGGAUUAAACUCACCAAAGAGCUGAUGAAGAACGUCCACUUUCCUCUCAUGACAUUCAAGGAGUUCAGUGAAGUUAAAACUGCAAAACUGUGGACUGAAUGCAACAUAAAACGUCUCUACCAGACUAUGCUGGAGGACUUUCGCUCUUAUCACGUUGCAUCUGAGACCCCGUGCAGGGUCUACCUGCCAAAGGACAGCCUAGUCUUGGUGGGUGGAGACCAGAUCUCUGCCGACUUUAUCCGGCGAACCCCCAGUCGAGAACUGUGGUUUGGGAACUCUCUGAGGAACUACACAGGCGUUGUGAAGACAGUUGAGUGGAGGUUGCUGGGAGAGAUGCCAAAGCCACCAAGGUUAAGUCACGAAUUGGCUGUAGUCGCAGGGAAGUUGUACGUGCUCGGAGGACAGAAUUAUAAAGGCAUGCUUGGCGUUCUAAACUCGGUCUACAGAUAUGAUCCGCUUCAGAACCGCUGGGAGAGAUUGGCCAACUUGCAGGAGAAAAGGUGUAAUUUUUCUGUGGUUGUUCUGGACGAGAUGAUAUAUGCCAUUGGAGGGUACAUUGAUCCAGAAACUAACCUGGGUAGUGUGGAGCGCUACUGUCCAAAUACAGAUUCCUGGAGCUUUGCCCAACCCUUGGAUAUGACCUUGAGUUGCCAUGCUGCCACAUUGUUGGAUGGAGAGGUCUUCAUCUCAGGGGGGUUCGACUGCAGGUACCAGUGUCUGGUGUCCAUGUUCCUGUACCAUCCUGAGAGAGGAACAACCUACCUGGCAGAGAUGAGCCAACCUCGAGCCUAUCACUGCAUGGAGACUUUAAACAACCAUCUUUAUGUGGCCGGAGGAGUCACUGUUGAUGAAAACAUGACGUCUAUUGACCAGCUGGCCUGUGAGGUCUACGACCCUGUUAGUGACUCCUGGAGUACCCUCACGCCCCUGGCCGUCUCCCAUGUUGGAGCAGCCUCUGUGGUUCUGGAGGGGAAGAUCUAUGUGCUGGGAGGAUACUGCCAAGAGAGAUACAGGGAGACCAGACUGGUGCAUCGCUAUGAUCCCACCAUCCAACGAUGGGAGAAUAUCGGCGAGAUACCCGGACCUAACACUGACAUAAGAGCCUGUUUGCUCCACCUGCCCAAACACUUGAGACAAUGAAACAACACUAUACAUCCUAUAACACCACACUAAAUAUUAUUCCAUUACAUGACCCACACCUCACUCCAUCAGUAUUCUUAUACGUUAAGAAUACUGAGUAUACCAUCCAUCUAGCUAACACCAAGCUAUAUUUCUGUUAAUAUUUAGCUUCAGAUCAUUAAUAAAAUUACAUAUAAAUGUUCUCUACUGUCUCACAGCUAACUGAACCAGCUGGCGAAUUGCUAAUUUUCUAUAGGUAAAUUCAAUGUAGAUGUAGAAGUUGAUGGUGAAAAUCAAGCUAUUUAGCUAGACAGCUUUUUUGGCAUCUGCUUUAGUGUCACAUUCUAGGGCUUGGGUAAUAAAUUAACUAUCAUUAGCUAGUUCCAAAAUUAUAACCAAUUGCCAUAGCCAACUUAUGUAAUGUAACAUUGAUCUUACAAGCAUGUAUUUCAAUGGAUGAAGGAUGUUAAUAUUGUUUUAACACUUUACGUAGCAUGUGCCAUUCUUUAAUCACUAUUUUCACAAGGACACCAAUUAAGCAACUUAAACAUGUUUAUUUCUCUCCAUGUGCAGGCUAUAAGUGAAUUACUAUAACAAAAUAGGAAGGGUAUUACAAUUUCAGGCUAGCUUCAUGUCCUCGUGAGAAAUGAGAAACUGGGAAGCGGGAAGUCAUACCUCUGACAUGAAUGUGUUCACUUGCCUUUGAAGUGGGAUAAAUUAUUCAACCAAUAAGAUUUUAGCUAGCUUGAUAAACUAGCUAACAUUGCUAAUAAUAAAGUUAGGUAGCUUGCUUAACGUUGACAUAUGUUACAUUUGUCUACAUUUGUCCAAAAUCGUGUGACAUAAAACAUUACUUUUCUGUUCUUGCAUUU